AUGAGCCAAGGCAUAAUCAAGGAAGAGAUUCUUCGAGAUGACCUAAAAUACUACUUCAUGAGCCCUUGUGAGAAAUACAGGGCCAGACGCCAGUUACCAUGGAAACUGGGGGUGCAGAUUCUGAAAAUCGUCAUGAUCACAUCACAGGUAUAGUCUGAGAAGUUUAUCAUUAGCGCUAAUGUUUCUCUCUUUUUAGGAAUUAUCAAAGGUAAUUGCUAAGAAUGGUUAGUCUGGGUGUCAGUCUUUUUCUGCUUGCUCUCUUGUCAACUCCUUAUGGAAUUGGUUUGGCAUGACAUAAGGAGUUGGCCAUAGAGAAGAAAGUAACAGACUGGCACCAAGGCUUAAGAAUGCCAUCAACCCUUAUAGAAUUUUUAACUCUCAUAACUCAUUAGGUGAAUUUACACUGAUUUGGUGAUAUUAAAAUGUUAUAUGGUUGUGAUAUGAAAGGCUAAUUCCCAGGUUAGGCUGUUUUAGUAUUUUGUUCAUUAGUUAAUUGUUGAUACAAUACCAAUUUAUUUUUGCAUGUCAGCAGUCAAGUUUUCAUGAUAGAGCACUUUUCAGUACAGAGAGAAAUACUGUGAUGAUGUGUUUUGCAUCAUACUAUACCUUUAAAUUCGGUAUUUCUUCUCCUACCAAGCUUAUCUUGUUUGGACUGAACAACCAGCUUGUGGUUUCCUACAAGGAGGAGAACGCUAUGGCCUUCAAGAACCUGUUCCUCAAGGACUAUAGUGGAGUUGAUGAGGAAGAUUACAGUGUGGCUCUUUACUCCCAACAAGCCGUCUAUGACAGUCUGUUCUAUGUGCUGGAUCAGGCAAGUCUCCAGGGCCCAUAUUCAUGA